GAUAAAUAAUUUUUGCAGUGUUCACAUGGAGGAAGUUAAAAGUUCUAGGCGCUAAUCAUGACGUCAGCGCUAGAAGAGAAAAAUCGUGAAAUUAUCAACUAUGCGAUUAGUCACUUCACAGAGGUCAUCGUCAGUCCAGAGUUUCUUGACUUUUCGCCAGAACUUCUUAAUCAGAUUUUAAGCGCUGAUAACCUCCACAUUGACUGUGAAGUGGAUGUCUUUCAGGCUAUCAUUAGAUGGUACGAACAUGAUAAGAAUACACGUGCUACAAACCUUUCGUUACUAAUGAGCUCCUUGAGGCUGGAGCAUUUCGAUGGCAUAUUUAUAGACAAAAUUAUGAAACCUCUACCGGGUUGUGCACAGUUAGCAGAAAAGGCAUUAAAAUUGAUCACAACAUCAAUGGAUACCGGGGGCUAUACAAAAGCGGAAAAUGAACGGAAAUAUUGCGGAUUGUUGAUUUUAAACGAUGUAAAAAAAUUAAAAUACAUCCUUCGCUAUAAUUCAGCGCUGAAGAAAUGGCAAAAAUGCUUCGAACUUAAAUUCAGAGACUACAGCUAUGGAUUGGUUUACUACGAGAGUAGUCUGUUCUUUAUUGGUGGCCGCGGGCGAGGUGUCCAAAGAAACAAUACUGUUAAACGAUUUAAUAUGGAAACAUUUACGUGGGUGGAAAUGGCAAGCAUGUCCAAGCGUCGUGAUGAUCUGUGUGUUGUGAUGCUAAAUGAAAAGAUUUACGCUUUUGGUGGGCAUGAUGGUGGCGAUCCUUUCAAUACAGUUGUGAUGUUUGAUAUAUGCACUAAUCAUUGGCAAGUACUGCCGGCAAUGUCAGCUCACAGAUAUGGUGCCAGCGUUAUCGCAUACAAAGAAAAAAUCUACAUAUUCGGUGGAUUGGGCAUUGACUGUCAGCCCUUGAGUACAGUUGAAUGUUAUGAUCCAAAAACCAGCAGUUGGACGACAUGCAGCAAUAUGAAUGGGGCGCGCGGUUGGCCUGGCAUUACCAUAUUAAAUGAAUUCAUAUUUCUGAUUGGUGGCUACAAUGAGGGCAUGUUAAAUACAGUGGAGCGCUACGACCCAAAACAGAAUAUAUGGCUCGAGGUCGCACCGUUAAGAGUAGCCCGCUUCGGCAUCUGCGCCAUCACUGUCGGCAAACGGAUAUGGGCGCUCGGCGGUCAUGAUGUGUAUACGGUGGAAGAAUAUAAUUUUGAAAAUAAUGAGUGGAACGAAAAACAGGCAUUACCAAUUUAUGGUCUACACAGCUAUGUGGAAGUGCCAAGUCAGCUGGUUGAUAGAAUGCAAACAAAUUGUGCAAAAGAAAAGGUGAACUGUGAACGGUUUUAGCUUAUUAGCACGCAUUGUGUGACGCGGACACGCAUUGAGGCGAUUUCAUUUGUCCACCGAGGCCACUCGUCGAUUUGGACUUUUUUAUGAGGUUACUCGAGUGACCGUAUUUAUGAGAAUAAAUUUCACACUUUGAAAAUCAUCAUUCGUCAAGUUAUGGGCAAAAUCACACCCUAUAUAUGUAUGUCGACAUGUGGUCGAAAAUGUCUCGAAAAAGACGAAUGCUUAAACUCUCCUAAGUUACACACACAUUAGCAAAUUUUUACUUUUGUUCAUUAAUGAGAAAGUGUGAUCUACUCCGAUAGUCAGGCAGCCUUGAAAGCUUCAGAGAAUGCAAAGUCCCUUAGUAAAUUUCGAGAACAUUAUUGAAAUUCUAUUCAUAUGGUUUCAUUUCUUAGAAAUCGCAGCAUCAAAUUGAUGAGUUAAACUCAAAACUCUUUAUUUUACUUGUUUUUGAUAUUCUUA